GCUCCCUUCAUCGCAGACUUCGAAAUUAUGAUUCAGCUGGAUCUUCUAACAUGAGACCAGGUCUCCAUUUCUAUAGAUAGACUCUCUUCCAGCUCCCUAUAACACCUGGGAGAGCGCAACACGAUAGCUAUCGCGGUUUCAGAGCUGGACAAACUACUCCCUUCAAAAUGCCUAGCAUAGUUCGAAAACUGCUAAUAUUUGCUGCCGUCGAUGGUCUUAUCUUGCAGCCAGCACCUCCAAAAAACCAUCCACCAACGACUCACCAAGCGAUAAAGAUCGAUUGGAAGGGUAACGUUGGCCCACUGUUGAACGAUCGCAGAGAAGAGCCGACCGCAGAGAAUGUACUAGAGUCUUGGGGCAUUGUUGGCCUCUUCAAAGUCGCGUCUACAAGUUUUCUGGUGUCCAUCGCAAGUCGCGAACAAGUUGCUCAUAUACGACGAAAGCCGAUUUAUGUCAUUUCAGACGUAUCGCUCAUACCCCUAGUCUCCCAGGCCGAGGCCGAGAAGGCAAUCACCUCAGCAAAAGACCACUUGAGACGACAGACCUCGACAGAAACAGCCCUAGGGCCCGAAGAUGAUGAUUCGUCCGCAGAAGAGAGCGACACAGCAACUGUGACCGAUGACGAGUCUCUUCCCGAGAGUGUACCUUCAACACCACGUACGAGCUUGGAAAAGGAUGCAGCCACAGUGCAAGAGAGGCAACGACGCACCAGCAUAGGGCAAGACGUUAUCGCACGUCGAGGCUUGUAUGGAAGAUUCGCGGACCAGUGGUUUAGUCGUAAGGGUUGGAGUACCCAACAGAGAAAAAGACAGGGAAUCAGCAGCGAUGAUAGCCUAGCGCAGAGAAGGCAGCAAGAUUUGGAGCAAACUAUGGAUGAUGAUAAUCUAGAUAGCUCUAAGCCGACGAAUUAUGGAGAAGGAAACAAGCAGACGUUAGACGGGGGUCGAAAAUUGAACUCCGAUGAAGUCAGGCCUGCGGUGUGUAUGUCCGACGUACCUGUGGAAGAAAUACCAAAAGCUCUGGGUGAUGCUGAGAAUGCAUCAUCUAUCACACUCCUUCCAAAAAUACUACGAACGACGAAGAUUUAUUUUGGAUCCAAGAGUUUCUAUUUCUCGUACGAUAUCGAUCUCUCACGGAGACUAGCAAUCCAAAGUUUGACACCUAGCAGUCAGCCUCUUUUCAAGCAAUUCGAUCCUUUGUACUUGUGGAACCACCAUAUGGCUAGCCCUUUUAUAGACGCUGGGCAGCUAAGUUUUGUCUUGCCUAUUAUACAAGGAUUCGUGGGCCAGCGAGCAUUUACAGUCAACACCUCAAUGGACUCACAUUUGGACACUGUAGUCGACGCUGCAACGUCCUUACAGGCCAUACUGAGCAAACAUGACGAGGUUGCUAAAAAACAAGCUGCGUCAGCAACCGAAUCUGAGACGAAGGACUUCCUGUUAACACUCAUCUCAAGACGAUCAACUCUACGCGCAGGCCUUCGAUACCUACGAAGAGGCGUUGACGGAGAGGGUAAUGUUGCGAACAGUGUGGAGACAGAGCAGUUACUGUCCUCCCCAACAUGGGAUACCACAAACAACGCGAUCUACUCUUUUACGCAGUGCCGUGGAUCUAUCCCAUUGAUUUUUUCUCAGAGUCCAUACUCGCUCAAACCCGCAGUAACCCUGCAGGGUUCUGAGGAAAUGAACGCCAGCGCCUUCAGGUUACAUUUUGCGAAUCUCGCUUCGCGUUAUGGGACGGUCUAUGCUGACUCGCUGGUCGAUAAGCAUGGGACAGAAGCCAAAGUUGGAAAAUUAUACGAACAGCAUGCGGAGGCACUUAAUAAGUCUGGCGGUAUAGAUGGUAAAGGAAGCGAGCUUGGAUUCGAGUGGUUUGAUUUCCACAACGUGUGUCGCGGCAUGCGCUUCGAGAACGUAUCGAUUCUUAUGGACACCCUAGGCCCGUUUCUUCAUUCUACCGGGUUCACUGUUCAAGAAGGAGACACCUUGACUUCAAUUCAAUCAGGCAUCCUUAGAACGAAUUGUAUGGACUGUCUUGACCGCACAAAUGUUGUUCAGUCUGCUACAGGUCGUGCAGCACUGGAGACCCAGCUCUCCUAUCUUAAUAUCAAGAUCGAUCUGCAGACUGACCCUCGAACUUCUUGGUUCAAUACACUUUGGGCAGAUAAUGGUGAUGCAGUCUCGAAACAAUAUUCGGGCACGGCAGCUCUAAAAGGAGAUUACACCCGUACAAGAAAGAGACAGAUCUCUGGCGCACUCACCGACUUUGGUCUUACUCUAACGAGAUACUACAAUAACAUUGUUAAUGAUUACUUUGCGCAAGCGCUCAUCGACUACCUAUUGGGCCGUGCCCCCGAAUCAAUAUUCGCCGAGUUCGAGGCUGAUAUGAAGACAACUGACUACGCACUAGAUAUGCGAAAAGUCCGCCAAAGUGCCAUCCACCGCGCGGCAGAGAUCGUGAUAGAAGAUCCAGGUGCGGAGGAUCUCAUCCACGGUUGGACAUUAAGCUGUCCAGCCGAAAGCAAUACCUUGCGUACACUACCGUUCGAAGAAUGUGUUCUGCUACUCACUGAGAAAGCUGCCUACAUGUGCAGACUUGAUUGGCAAACAGAGAAAGUCAAGAUGUUCGAACGUGUUGACCUUGGAGACAUGAUUUCGCUUUCACGUGGCACAUAUAUAACAUCAACACUCGCACCACGACAUCUUGACACAAGCAAAAACGUCGGUUUGGUCUUGCAGUUCCGCACCGGUAGUGGGAAAGACCUUGUCCGACGCAAUACCCGCAGCUUGGACAGUUCACACGAAUUUGAACCGUCGAACACCUCUUCGACACCUUUACCUACCCAAGAAACUCGAUUCCUAGCAUUCAAAGCACUUCCCCCCGCGUCAACGAUACAAUCCUCGAAGGGCGAUGAUGAUGCACAUACGCCACUAAACGAAAUCGAGACGUGUAAGCAUAUUACAGAGGAGAUCGCGCGGGUCGCGAAUAAAUUUACGGAAUGCACAAGGGGGCUCAAAAUCGAGGAGAAGGAUAUCAUUAGUGAGGCAGAGGCGAAGAAAGCGACCGGUUGGGUCGAAAGCUUGGGUUAUAAUCUGAAGAAAUUGAUUUGGACGUGAAAAACGAAUAGGGCGAGUCUGUAAUGCCACGAUCGUAAUACAUUCAUGAUGAUGUUUGCUACUAAGUCGUCGAAUUGCUUAAGCAAUCUACCCAACUAAUCAUUAAUCCACCCAUUCAUAGAUCG